UGCCUCGCCCUACUUUCCCGUCCUUUGAAGGAGGACAAUGGCCAAACUCGCCGAAUAUAUAAAACGCGCUUGAACAGUGAGACAACACUGCACAGAACGAGAAGGAAGUUGGGGAGGGAGAUUCACCUAACCCCUCUUCUUUCUUGCAAGCUUUCAACAAUAAAGCCCUCUGUUCUUUUCUUGUUUUUCUUUUAUACAGUUUUCGCCGCCUCUUCCCUCGAAUCCUUCGCACCAAACACGCACCAAGAACCGGAUCUUCCAACUCGCAUUUCCCCUUAUUCCCCCGUCGUGCUCCUUCUGCUUUACUCCUGCCUCCAUCCCCCACUUUCGAAUCAAGAAUUCGCCUUUACCUGUGCAUUAAAAAUCCAAUCUUUUUCCCCCUGCUUGUUCGCUUCCGAUGGGUACGCGACCAUGAAAGAUUGCUCUUGGUGUUCGUCAAAUCCCAUCGGGAAGCGUUUUCCUGCGGUUUUGCUUGGUGGGUAGAGGAAGAAUCCCAGAUGGGCAAGAAGGCAGCGCCUUUGUUUGGCGAUAGUAAGGAUGGGGUCUUGUCCAUUGGUGGUUUGGGGUCACAAUGGUGUCCCCAUGAUGAUGAAUUCUAUCCUGGAGGUGGGUUGUUUGCCAGUGUUGGUCAAAUGGGGAGGAAUUUGGGCGUUCCGCCGAAUCCUCCCAACCGUGCGGACACCGGCGGUGGGGGCGGCGGCGGCAUAAAGAUGCCCUACGCUGAUUUAUUGGUGAAGUAUGUGCCUUUGCCGAAAGGAGUUCAGAUACCGGGCGUUCCCGAGGAGGAAGGGACAGUGAAGAAGAAACAGAUUGGGCUUACGAUGAAGAUAAAGGUUAAAAAUCCUUCCUUGAGGAGGUUGAUUAGUGGGGCGAUUGCUGGGGCAGUUUCGCGAACUGCGGUGGCCCCUCUGGAGACGAUUAGAACGCAUUUGAUGGUUGGGAGUAGUGGCCAUUCCACUAUUGAGGUCUUUCAUGAUAUUAUGAAGCAUGAUGGUUGGAAGGGCUUGUUUAGAGGUAAUUUGGUGAAUGUGAUUCGGGUUGCUCCUAGCAAGGCCAUUGAGCUAUUUGCUUAUGAUACAGUCAACAAACAGUUGUCACAUAAACCUGGGGAACAGCCAAAGCUUCCCCUUCCUGCCUCCUUAGUUGCAGGUGCCUGUGCUGGUGUGAGCUCAACAAUAUGCACAUAUCCUCUUGAGUUGGUCAAAACUCGACUCACAGUCCAGAGGGGAGUUUAUGAUGGUAUGUUUGAUGCAUUCUUGAAAAUAGUGAGGGACGAGGGACCCGCAGAAUUAUUUAGAGGCCUUGCCCCUAGUCUUAUCGGAGUGAUUCCAUAUGCUGCCACCAACUAUUUUGCUUACGACACGUUGAGAAAGGCAUAUCGUAAGUUUUUUAAGCAAGAGAAGAUUGGGAACAUCGAGACCCUUCUCAUCGGAUCAUUAGCUGGCGCUGUUUCAAGUAGUGCAACUUUCCCCUUGGAGGUAGCUCGGAAGCAGAUGCAAGUGGGAGCAGUCAGCGGUAGGCAGGUGUACAAAAACGUGAUUCAUGCUCUUGCAAGUAUACUUGAGCAGGAAGGGGUUGGAGGUCUUUAUAGAGGUUUAGGCCCUAGUUGCAUGAAGUUGGUGCCUGCUGCUGGGAUAUCCUUCAUGUGCUACGAAGCGUGCAAGAGGAUUCUGGUUGAGGAUGAUGAAGAGGCAUAACCACAUAUUUGACGAGAAGAAAUGCGAGGUCUUUUGCUUUGGGUCAUCUGCAGAAAGGGUGGAUAAAGAUGACUAUUUUGUAUACUGCGAUUGAAUGGUUUAGUUUAUGUUUUUUUCUUUUGCUCGUAGGAUUUCUUCAGAAGAAUUUUUCAAGGAAGUUCUUGUUACCAAGGUUGGUUCUACAUACACUCGCAAAGAUAUUUGAGGGGUUUACUUUUCUUUCGGAGUUCUGUGUGUUUCUGAAGAAGGGUACUGCAUGUUUUGAUAAUGUGAGUACCGCUUUUCAUGAGAAGAUGAGUUGGCAAGGGUCGAACCAAGAAAGAUGGCCAAUUUGUCCAAGAACAUGCUGAUUGAGAAGCAAUCUUUUUCACAGGGGCUACUUUGCGUGUGCAUAAAUCUCUUGGAGUACCUAACAUAAGGAAAGCUUUUUAGCUUACCGGAUUGUCGGUUUGAAUGAAUAACAAUUUCAUGUUCAGAGAUGA